AUGGCCUCUCUUCGCUCCGCCCUCCUUCUCUGCCUCGCCGGUCUCGCAACCGCCCGCGACGUGCCCUCCAACGUGCGCGACUUUUACAACAGCGUCAGGGGCAAGGGCCAGUGCGGCAACAAGCUCAAGUCGGGCUUCCACAGCAUCGACGGCGACGAUGGCUCCUUUUCCUACUGCGGCGACCACAUGACCGACUACCGCGUGCUGUACCUCCAGGGCAAGAGCGGCAACCUGGUCAACAUGGACAUUGACUGCGACGGCAUCCAGCACGGCCCCGCCGACGACGGCCGCUGCGGCAGCUCCGGCGACACCCAGUCCGUCACCUCGUUCCAGAGCACCGUCCAGGGCUACGGCACCGGCCAGCGGGACCUCGACGCCUUUAUCCACCCGUACGUCGUCUUUGGCAACGAGGGCUCGCGCAGCGGCUACCCCAACUUUCGUCCGCAAGACUACGGCGUCGAGCCGCUGUCCGUCAUGGCCGUCGUCUGCAACAACAAGCUGAUUUACGGCAUCUGGGGCGACACCAACGGUGACGACGGCCCGCAGGCCAUGGUCGGCGAGGCCGCCAUCUCCCUCGCCACCGCGUGCUACGGCACGUCGGUCAACGGCAACAGCGGGCACGACGACAACGACGUGCUCUACAUUGCGUUUCCCGGCCCCGACGCCGUGCCCGGCAAGAGCGGCGCCAAGUGGCGCGCCGCCAGCUACGCCGAGUUUGCGAGCAGCAUCGCGAGUCUCGGCGACAAGCUCAUCCAGCGCAUCGGCGGCGGCGGCGGCGAUCCGCCUCCGACUGGUGGCAACUGCUCGUGGCAGGGCCACUGCGAGGGCGCCCGCUGCAAGGAUGAGAAUGACUGCUCGGAUGAACUGGUCUGCAAGUCUGGCAAGUGUGCGCGUGGUUAA